UUGCCAUACACACAGGUCGUCGAAGAUGGCUACGAAUUCUUCGCCAGACGCCAGCUAGUGACCAUCUUCUCGGCACCCAAUUACUGCGGAGAAUUUGACAACGCUGGUGCCAUGAUGUCAGUCGACGAGCAACUGGUGUGCUCCUUUCAGGUGAUUUGA